AUAGUACAACAAAUUUGAAAAAAGUUUACGAGAAAUAUUUGAAAAUUUGUGAAAAACUACAAUUUGAAAAUUUCAAGAAAACUUUAAGAGUAAAAGAGCCGUAGCAUGGAUUCAAACGCUUGUAGCAUGAAGCAGCCUUCGAAACAUUAUAAGCCUUAUGGAAGAGCACGUACGGAUAUAAACAACAAAAAAACUUUUAAACAAGAUAAAAAAUUAUGUAAUUUGGUGGAGCAGCAUCCGCAGCUGUACGACAAAGGACAUAAGGGUUACGGUCAGAAAAAGGCUACAGAUGAGGCAUGGUGCACGAUUGCGGACUCGUUGGGGAAGUCUGUGUCACAAUGCAAGGCUCGUUGGGAAAAACUUCGUGCUGAGUACAUCGCCUACCUACGUUCCCUUGAAGCCGAUAAGGAACAGCGUGGUCGUAAACGUCAAUUUAAAGAAACCGCGGUUGCCGCAGAAAAUAAAGACCGCAGCAAUAAAAAUUUUUUUGAAUUUCUACGUUGCUACAUGCAAGAUAUGACCCAAAAAGAGCAGAGUCUAUGCCACAUUAGCAUUUUACAAGUUAUACAAGACAUCAAAGGAAUGACAAAUAGUGCAAGCGGUGAUGGCAAUGAUCCAAACGACGAAGUUGCAAUUAAGAAUUAACCAGAACUAUGACAAUGAAGUAAAACACUAAUAAAUAAUCCGGAUGGACCCAGUAUAAACAUUAUUUAAAUAAU